CUCUCUUCCUCUCGCCGGCGAAGAAGAGGAAGGGGGCGCGCUGCGGCGGCGGCGGCGUCGGCGUCGGCGGCGCGCGCAUCUUCGAUCCAUCCUCGCGCCGUAGGAGGGCUACGAGUCCGAGGCCCCGAGCGAGUCUCUCUCCAACCCCGCCUCGAUCUGCCUCCUCCCCCGAAGCGAGACGGGGGGAUUUUGCGCCUCGCGGGGGGAGCCCCGUCCACGGCCCCCGUCGCCCCGUAUACGGGCGGUGAAGCUGCCCUUACACCAGCUUGCCUCUGUCUGAAUGUGGUAUAUCUGGACCUGACAAGAAGCCAAAACUAUUUGUCUUUGUCAAGACCAAAAAGCAAGUACUCAAACCAAACAAAAUGACCACACAAGCUUGUAAGAAGAGAAGAGCAGUUUAUAUAAGCAGUGAAUCAGAAGAUUCUGGUACAGAUUCUGAGGUUGAGGGAACUAAACUCUCCAAAAAAAAUGGGGUCACAACAGUCCCUAUGUGUGAUCACCGGCCAACACCCAAGAAUAAGGUUGAAACUAUGAAUACUAGCAAGUCAAGGCAGUGUGGAAAUAUCCUGAAGAAGCUCAUGGAUCAUAAAGGUGGCUGGCUUUUUCAUACACCAGUUGAUCCAGUGCUGUAUGGAAUACCUGAUUACUUUGAUGUUAUUCGCAACCCGAUGGACUUGGGUACUGUUAAGAAGAAACUCACAAGCAAGCAAUAUUCCAACCCCGAUGAGUUUGCAGCAGAUGUGAGACUAACAUUCUCUAAUGCAAUGAAGUAUAAUCCUCCUGGAAAUGAUGUCCACUCAAUAGCCGAUCAAUUGAACAAAAUAUUUGAUUUGGAAUGGAAAUUAUUGGAAAGAAAAUGGAAAGACAGAAAUCCGGUACAACAGCAGACACCACUGAAGGGACUAAAGGCUCAAUCUGUGUUACCUAAGGGUGUGGCUGCAGGCACGAAUUCAGUUGUGAGCAAGACAUUGACAACUGCAUUAUCGUCCAAAGUAAAGAUUAAAUUUUCCGUGCGAGGCCCUGAGCUGACCUCUUUCAAAGACACGCCUUUGCAAGCUGUUGGUAGAAGAGAAGGCUCUCUUAACCACUCUCUCUCUUACACCAAGGACAAUGUUAAGACACCAAAGAUACAAUCAAGUGAGGAGAGAUCUGAAUCAACUGGAAAUGAAUUGCGGCCCUCCAAUGAUGCCUCUACUUCACCUCUCGCUUCUUCCAGACAAGAAGAGGAAUAUUUGCCUGAAGAACCUUUAUCACCAAGCAAGGCCCUUCGUGCAGCAAUGCUCAAGAAGCGUUUUGCUGGUACAAUUGUCAAGGCACAGCAGAAAGCACUUCUGGAUCAUGGGAAGAAAAUAGACCCGGCAAAAUUGCAGUUUGAAAAGGAGAGGCUGGAAAAAAGACAGCAAGAAGAGAAAGCAAGAAUUGAGGCCCAGGUGAAGGCUGCUGAAGCUGCUGCACAAUUAAAGCUAGACGAAGAAAUGAGGAUGAAGAGGGAGCAGGAAAGACGAGCAGCACGCCUAGCACUACACAUGAUGAAGAAGACUGUUGAUAUUGACAACAGUGACUUCCUUAAGGACCUGGAGAACUUAAGCAAAAAAUGGGAGCUGAAUCCUCCUGGAAAAAUUAUUGUUGAUUUUGUCGAUGGAAUCGAGCUACCACCUGGCUUAGGGAGUCCGCUGGAGAGGCUUGGCCUUUUCAUGAAGAAGGAUAUUGAGGAAGAGGUCGAACAUGAAAUGGAGGAUAGUGCGUCACCCUCUAUGGAGAUCGACGUGGAGGAAGGGGAGAUCGGCUUCUGUCAAUAGCAUGGCUCUAUCCAUUGUAUUUUUUUUCUUUCCACCAGACUGUGAAGCAACAUGCUCGCAUACUUAUAAGUUGUGCGCGAGUGCUGUGUUAUUUAUUCUGCCACCAGAGAACCUCAUAACAUAAGCUGAGUAAAUGGAGCGUUGGUUCAUCUAGUUUAUGCUGUCUAACCAGAAAAUAUCAGAUGGACAGUGGAGUGGAGUUAUCGGU